AUGCCCCGAACGCCGACAAAAUUUUUGGGCGCUCCUAACAACUUCAGCCCAGCUUUCACCGGCUCAUACAAAACUCUCUGCUCCGGUGAUAGCUCAAGCUGGUUCGUGUGGGUACAUUCGUCCAUCACCAUGGACAUUCACCGCUGCCGCUUCGUCGCCUUCCCUCCCUGUCCCAUCAACGCCCUCGCCUUCUCGCAUCCCCAUACUCGGACAAACCUACAAUCGAGCCUUUGUCGUUUAGCUGUUGGCCGCGCCAAUGGAGACGUCGAGAUAUGGAACCCGCUCAAUGGCGCCUGGCAUCAGGAAACCGUCAUGUGUGGCGGCCAGGAUCGUUCCAUCGAUGGACUUGUCUGGGUUGUAGAGCCCGACGAGGAACUGCCGACAGCCAAUCCUGACGCUGGGCAUGAAAAGUCCGUUAUACCCGGCCGCUCUCGCCUCUUCAGCAUUGGUUAUACCUCUGCCGUAACGGAGUGGGAUUUGGAGAAAGGUCAACCCCUAAGAACCGCCAGCGGUCAACAUGGUGACAUCUGGUGCCUCGCCGCUCAGCCCCCCGCGUCCGCUGCUCUGGGUAAAGGAGGCCACAAGGCCAGCGCUGCUGCCGCCGCCGCCGCCGCCGCCGCCGCCCAACAGCAACACCUCCAGCACGGCCCUGCCGAUGCUGUCACGCGCCUCGUUGCUGGCACCAUCGACGGUGCUCUGGCCAUCUAUACCAUCGCCGACUCGGAACUCCGCUUUCAGCGCUUGCUUACCAAAUCGCCCGCUCGCAAGACUCAGAUGGUCAGCAUUGCUUUCCAGUCCCGCGACGUUGUCGUUGUCGGCUGCAGCGACUCGACCCUGCGCGCCUACGACAUGCGCAACGGCAACCUGUUGCGCAAGAUGACCCUCGGAUCUGAUCACGCGGGCGGCUCCAAGGAGAUCAUUGUCUGGUCGGUGAAGUGCCUGCCGAACGGCGACAUCGUCUCCGGGGACUCGACUGGCCAUGUUACCGUCUGGGACGGCAAGACCUACACCCAGAUGCAGAGGAUACAGAGCCAUCGCCAGGACGUCCUGAGCUUGUCUGCCAGCGCUGACGGCUCGGCCAUCCUGAGCGGUGGGAUGGAUCGGAGGACUGUCCUCCACAAGAGGAUGGCGGGUACCGCGGGGAGAUGGGGGAAAGUCUGGAGCAGGAAAUACCACGACCACGACGUCAAGGCCAUGGCGUCGUUUGAGAGCAGCAAGAUGAGUGUUGUUGUGUCGGGAGGCCCCGACGCCUCGCCCGUUGUUCUUCCCCUGAAGGAACUCGGUCGCGAAAACCACCGCACCCUGCCCAACCUCCCGCAACAGCCGCCGUUGCAAAGCGCGGCGAAGGCUCGCCUGAUCAUGAGCUGGUGGAACCAACAAGUCCAUAUUUGGAAGCUGCGACAGCCGUUCGAUAGCCUCUACGACAAUGCCAACGGGAAUAUGACCGGCGAAGACCUCGACAAGAACCGGAAGCUCCUCAAAACCAUCUUGAUCAAGGGCGAGUCCAACAUCGCGUCGGCGUCCAUCUCCCCCGACGGCGACGUACUCGCCGUGGCGACAUCGACGGAUGUAAAGGCUUUCUACCUCAAGCACAGCAACCCGUCCAAGCCGUCGGACAUGAAAGUUCUGCCGAUGGUUGUCCCUUCGGCCAUUGCCGGUGUCGGGGCGCGCCUCGUACAAAUCUCGCCGGACGGCGCUUGGCUCGUCGUAGUCCAAGCGGGAAAUAAGAUUUCCCUCCUUCGACUCGGGCAUGGCGGUAACGCCGGUUCCGGAGAGCGCAUUCUCUCGCGACCGCAAGCAGUGACGCGCAUGAAGCGAAAGACACCUAAGAAUCUGGUAGUAGGCGGCUUGGGGACUUACGACAGGACCAUCGUUCACGUCAGCUUUGCGCCCGAUAGCCGGAUGCUAGCUGUUGCCGAUUUGGCGGGCUACAUUGACACGUGGGUGUUACGCAACGCCGUGAAUGAAGACAAGGAGGGUCGUGAGGACGCGUCAGGCUCUGCCUCCGAAGAGUCGUCAUCUGACAGCGAAGACGAUGACGGCGGCGACGACGACGGCGGAGCUGAUGAGGUUGGAUCACGGGAGAAGUGGUUCCACACACCAGCAUCUACCCUUCUGCCCAAGCUUCCCUCGCCUCCGACCGUGCUCUCCUUCUCCAAUGACAUCCCGUCCGGGAAUGCCUCAUCGGACUACACCCUCCUUGCCGUCACGACUUCAUGGCAUAUCCUUGCCUUCCACCCGGUCGAAGGGGCCCUCGCCCCCUGGUCACGGCGCAACCCCGUUGCCCGUCUGCCGAACACGAUCCGCGACACGCGAGACCUCGCCAAGGGCGUCCUCUGGCAGGGGGCUCGCGUCUGGGUGUACGGCGUCUCCUUCCUGUUCAUGCUGGACCUGUCGCAGGACCUAAGCGAGCCGAACGCGGGCGGCAGCUCCUCGGCCCUGGCCGCCCAGGCGGGGCAAAAGCGCAAGCGGCGCGGUGGCGGCGGCGGCGGCGGCGGCGGCGAGAGCGGUGCCGGCAACCGCAUGACGAUCGGCGCGAUCGCGCCGGCGCAGGUCGACCGGUUCACGAGCGACAAGAAGGAGUGGCAGCUCGAUGUCGAGAAUGCGGCGCCGCCGUCGUCGGAGGGUAGCGACACGGAUAUGCUGGACGAGGACGACGAGGACGAGUCGGGAGACGAGAGCAAUGCCGAGGGGGAGGGCGGUGGCGGCGCGGGUGGUCGGAGCGCUGGCGGAGAGCUGGCGGCUCUGCGGAACCGUGACACGCAGAUGGACGGCAGGAGCGGUUCCGGACGCAAGAGGUGGUGGUACACGUACAAGUAUCGGCCCAUUCUUGGCAUCGUGCCUCUGAACAUCCCUGGCGAGGCCUUGGACAAAGCUAAUGCCGGUGGUCAAGAGGCAGGCGUGCCGCCGGUGGAAGCUGUUCUCGUGGAGAGGCCCAUCUGGGACGUGGAUUUGCCGGAACGGUAUGCCACUGCCGAUGAAGCCGAGCGGUGAUGGGGGAGAUGGGCUAGGGGCGUAUGUCUGCAUGUACAUUGGCAUGUUACGACAACGCGGCAUUCAUUGUUCAUUGUAUUGUUCCGAAGGGGAGGAGACACAUUGAGUGAUGUGCAUGGAUCAACUUUGGUGUUGGCUAUCUUGCUUGUGAGAAAAACGGAAAGAGGAAAAGGAGGAAAAGGGGGGUUGGGGGACGUGAUGAAGCCCGAACCAGGGGCAUGUAGACGCAGGCAGUACAUUCGGAGGCAACUUUUGUCUAUAGCUUAAGGCCCGCUGUGACCUUGAAAUGGGUCAUAUUGAAUAUUGGCUGUUUUUUUCAACCAGCCUGUUUGCGUGUCGUCCAUCUGACAUUGGGCUUCCACGGAAGUGCUAGGGUAAAAUUCCU